AUGCGUCCCCUCACAGAAGAAGAGACAAAAACUCUCUUCGAAAAACUCGCCAACUACAUCGGCAAAAACCUGGUCAGCCUCAUCGACCGUCCCGACGACCCCCACGUCUUCCGUCUUCAUCGCGAUCGUGUCUACUAUGCCUCUGAAUCUUCCAUGCGCCUAGCCAUCUCCAUUGCACGACCGAACCUAAUGUCUUUGGGAACGUGUUUUGGCAAAUUCAGCAAGACCGGCAAAUUCCGACUCCACGUUACAGCCCUAGACUACUUGGCACAGCACGCAAAGUACAAGGUUUGGAUUAAGCCAAAUGGUGAACUGCCGUUUUUGUACGGCAAUCACGUGGUGAAGGCUCAUUUGGGUAGGAUUACGGAUGAUACGCCGGAGCAUGCCGGAGUGGUGGUGUUGAGUAUGAGUAACACUCCGCUUGGGUUUGGUGUAACUGCAAGAAGUACAGUGGAUACGAGGAAACAGGAUCCGACUAGCAUUAUCGUUUUUCAUCAGGCUGAUGUUGGCGAGUAUUUGAGGGACGAAGAUACGCUUUUCUAA